UGAAUCUGGUUCUGAUUUUGGUGGGGGUAAGCCUACAAGCUACAUAUCUUUCGGUUUUCAUAUUAUUAUUUUUUUGCAACUUUUUGUUUCUCCAUAGCCUAUAAAAGCUCAUUGAUCCUAUUCUUUUUUUACUCUACAAAAACUUCUCAUCCUCUUCGUAUGGACUCUUUAGCUGGCCUCUAUUUUUAGACUCUGAUCACUCAAAUUUAGCAACUUCUCAACUAUUUAGAAUUGAUAGUACUAGAAAAAAAAAACAACCUUUUUUUCAUGUUUUGACAAACCAUAUAGUGACAUUUUGUGCCUUGUGGGAUAAGGCAGUUUUGAACCUUUAUUUUUUUUCCUGGAAGAUGAUUGAAUUGUUCCAGGGAUAUUGCAUCUUAUGUGAACUUACAAAAUUCAGUGUAGCUAAAAGUUUUUAUUUUUGGAUAUUUCAAAUUUUCAAUAGGUACAGUUUGAACAUUUAGCUAAAUUUCAUAUUGUAAUUUGUGUGUAGUUAUAGCAGUUGGAAAAAUAUUUACUUAUAUGGCAGGAAUAUCGUUACCUCCCGGAUUUCGUUUCCAUCCAACUGAUCAGGAAUUGGUUGGAUAUUACCUGAAAAGAAAAACUGAUGAACUUGAAAUUGAGUUGGAAGUUAUUCCAGUAAUAGAUCUGUACAAAUUUGACCCAUGGGACCUUCCAGAGAAAUCUUUCUUGCCAAAACGUGAUAUGGAAUGGUACUUCUUCUGCUCUCGGGACAAGAAGUACCCGAAUGGCUCGCGAACAAAUCGAGCCACUAAUUCUGGAUACUGGAAAGCCACAGGGAAAGACAAGAAAGUUGUAUGUAAGUCUGCAGUUGUAGGAUACAGGAAGACACUAGUUUUUUACCGCGGAAGAGCUCCUCUAGGGGAUAGAACUGAUUGGGUAAUGCAUGAAUAUCGUCUCUGUGAUGAUGUUUCACAAGGCACUCCUAGUUUCCAGGGGCCUUUUGCUCUUUGUCGUGUCAUCAAGAGAAAGGACAACAUUCCAUCGAAGACAAGUGAUGUUCAUGGAGGUACAGUUUUCAAACAAGUUGAAUGCAGUUCAAGCAUAGAAGGUUUUACCUCAACGGUAGCCUUAAAUGAACCCCUUCUACUUUCUAAUGACAUGCCAACUCCAUCUACAUACAUGUCCGGUAACAGCAACUAUUCAACUCCUACUAAUUCUCCUUAUAAGAUAACACAAAUAGAGGACUAUGACUCUGCAAACCUCUGGAUGCCUCAGAAUAAGGUUCUUGAUCCUUCAAAGGAAUGUCCUCAAGGAAGAAGUAUAUCUGGAAACUAUCCCCAUAUGUUCUCAAACUCAACUUCAUGGCAGCCAAGUGAUCAGUAUGACUUCACAUCAAGUUCAUCUUUCCCGAAUUUUAGAGGGGAAGUUGAACUUUCUGGUGAUCUCAGUGGCUAUGGCAAUGUAUCUCCCUUCUCAGUCGACGGAAGCUGCAUGGAGUUCUAUGGAAGUGGGGAGAUUUCAUAUAAAGGUUAUAACCAGAACGACUUAUUGGGCAAUCCAUAUCUCUUCUGAUGAACAUUGCGGUGUAGGAUUUUGGGAAAUUUUAAUGGUGUAUGGUCACAGGAAGAUAAUGUAAGUAGUUGAUGUAAGAAUCUACUAAGAAUAGGUAAAUGCAACUAAAUAUGCUACUGAAAUAAUCUGAAGUUGUUCUCUGAGACUACAGCUUUUUAAUGUCUGUCUUAAAGAGUCAUUUGAUCUUAUUACAUCACCUUCGAGUUUAGUUUCCUAAGUUCAAAUCUAGCUGAUGUUUUGUCAUUGAAGUAUGAGAUACCAAGUGAUGAUCGUUUUUUAAUGAUCUCACAGAAAAAUGGUAAAGUUAGUAGCUGAAUCUCUUGGAUAGAAUUAAGCCUCCAUUAACUUCCGAUAUGUAUCAUUGUUCUCAUUCUGAUCAGUUUCCAUGUAUAAAUUUGUCAUCAAGAAACAAUAUUAUGGGAAGUACUGAUGUUCAUCAGCAGAACUUCCUCUAUAUCAUCUA